ACAGAGGAGACAGAGGAUAGUCGGUUAAAUUCAUAUUUGGAUUCUCAACCCAAAGAGAAUAUCAAAUCAGAGCCCAAGAAGAAAAAUAGAGAAAUAGAAAAGGGAAUAAAGAAAAAAAAAAGAAAAGAAGGGGAUACGGUUUCGAAAAGUUAAGGGGAUACUCGGUUUCGAAAAGUUAAGGGGAAAUAGAAAAGAUCUCUUGUUUUGCAAUCAGGAUGUUUAUGAAGAAAAAACUCCGUUUGUUGCACAUGGAAUCUUUGCCUCACCAUGUAGUAGAGCACAUACUCGAGAGAGCUCCGGCGAAAUCUCUGCUAAGAUUCAAGGCUGUAUCCAAGCAGUGGAAAUCAACCAUCGAAUCCCGUAUAUUCCAAGAAAGACAGUUGAAGCAUCGCCAGCAAUCAGGAGGUCCAGAUGUUCUCAUGGUGUCCGUACUACGUUACGAGGAUGGUUGUAGUGACCCGGACAUGAAACCGUCGGGAAUCGAAUCUCUUAGAACGCUGGUGUUGGGUUCUUCAUCAUCGGUCAAGAUCCCUACUCCAUGGGAGAACCAGUAUCACUUUGUUUCACGGACUAGUUGUGACGGUCUCGUUUGUCUCUACUCUCCCCUCCGCACCGGUUUUGUGGUCAAUCCCACAACUAGAUGGCAUCGUGUUCUUCCCCUCUCCAACUAUCAGCAACUCCUCAUAGGAGUAGGAGAAGACACUUUCUUUGACCAGUUUUUUGGUCUUUCUUUUUUGUUAAAGAACAAGUUUUUUAGUCUUGGAUUCGGUAAAGACAAAUUCACGGGCACAUGCAAGCCCGUUUGGUUAUACAACUCUGCAGAGCUUGGCCUAGAAAACGCCACCACAUGCGAAGUUUUCGACUUUAGCACCAACUCUUGGAGGUAUGUCACUCACCCUGCACCUUAUCGUGUUACUUGCCAUGAUCCUGCUUAUGUGGAUGGUUCCCUUUAUUGGUUCACCGACUGCCUCGAAACCCAACUUUUAUCUCUCGAUCUUCACACCGAAGCUUUUCAAGUCAUCUGUAAAGCUCCUUUUGCCAAUGUAAGACCUCACAAGAUGGUCAUGUCCAACCUCGACAACCGCUUAUGUGUAUCCACCAAUACGAAAAUUCCCAGCCAAGAUAUAUGGUCGUUUGAUCCAGGGAACAAGACAUGGGACAAAAUAUAUUCUAUAGAUCUGGGUCAAACCCGUCAUCUUGAUAUCCGAGUUUUUCUCGCGCUCACUCCACUAGCACUUUUAGAUGGGGAUAAGAAGAAGAAUAAGAAGAAGAAGUUGUUGUAUUUUGGUCGAGAGCCGAGUCAAAAACUGGCGAUACAUGAUCCCGAAACCCAAUCAUAUGAUGUUGCUUUCACCGCCGACUCCAUCGGACGCCCUGUUUGUUAUUUCCAGAGUUUAAUCUCUGUUUAAUGUAAUAUUAAUAAUUUGCUUUCUCCCAUCCUUCAAGUUCAACUGUUGUCCAAGUUUGCAACUCUUCAAAAUAUUCUUUAUUAGUCAACAUUUACAUGUGCUAUUUCAUAGUUUCUUUAAAAAUUUUAGUCCA